AUUUUUGAAGCGUAAUAGGCCUACUGGUGGCAAAGGUUUCACAUCCUCUUUGUUCGUCGGCAGUAACGUUGGCUAGCUAGGUUUACAUUCUACCGUCUCAUGCGGCGCUCACUAGCAAAGGUAGCUAAGAUACUGAUUGGCACAUGGGCCAUAAUGGAUUCCCCCAUUCCGCUCUCCUCCCUGCGCCUUUUGGUUCCACCUUUACGUCUGAUGUCUGCAUUUAUGUGGCAGGUAGCACAACAGAGGGCCAUUAAGCACUAUGGGAAAUUAGAGGAGUUUGUGACCGUGGUAACACAAACUGUCCCAGAACUUAUGACUGACAGACAGAGGACCCUCCUUAUUUUGGGUCUGAGAGCAAGGGUAAACCCUGUCAGCCUCCAGACCCUCCUUUAUAGAAUAAAGUCUUCUCAACAUGCACAGUCCAAUGAUGCAGGCAUAGAAUCACCUGAAGCUAACUUUUCCAAGCUCACCCAAAACUUGAUUAUAGACCCGGUUGAGCGUGAACACUUCGUCCAAGUGGUGUUUCCUGAAGAAUUCAGACCUGAUUUUGACCAGGUGCUUCAGGAACUGGUCUGUGACUUCCUCACUCGGCUGGAAGAGCUGCUUACACUACCAGACUUUAAGCAGACUGCAUUGUUGCUGAGUGCUGGCUCCUCUGGCCUAGAUGAAUGCCUGCUGUCUUUCUCUCACUCAGAAGAUCUCCAGUUUCUACUCCAGAAUUACAAACAAUGCAGAACUUUGUACACAAACAUUUCCUCCUCUGACAUUCCUCAGGAAUCAGAUAUUGAAUCUGAUGCCUUCCCUGACCAGUUAAACCGUACCAAUCUGGACACUGGUGUGGGAUGAGGACUGGGA